AUGGCCCUUCCUAGCCUAACAAUCCGGCUAACUAGGGACUCUGAUAUCAAGGGAGUCGCCCCCGUCCUGCCUUACUAUGGGCAGAACUACUGGGAUCUGAAACGGCAGUGUCUUCGGAAGGGAUGCCUCUUCACUGACCGUUUCUUCAAAGCCUGUCCCGAAUCGAUCGGAUACCAUGAGCUGGGGCCUAAGUCAGCGGCCACCCAGGGGCUGGUUUGGAAGAGACCAAAGGAAAUCUGCCAGGACCCCAAAUUCAUCAGUGAAGGGAUGAGACAGACCGAUGUCCGCCAGGGGAAGCUGGGGGACUGUUGGUUCCUGGCAGCCGCCGCCUCCCUCACCUUAUACCCACAGCUGUUGAGGAGGGUGGUCCCGCAGGAUCAAAGUUUUAACAGUGAGGAUUAUGUCGGUAUCUUCCAUUUCCAGUUCUGGCAGUUCGGAAAGUGGGUCGAGGUGGUGGUGGACGACCAGCUGCUUCUGGACGAAACUGGGAAAACAUUAAAAUAUGGGAGGUCGACAGACGAAAACGAGUUCUGGAUGCCCUUGCUGGAGAAAGCCUUUGCCAAGCUGAAUGGCUCUUAUGAGGCUAUAAUCCGUGGAUUUGCAAGGAAUGCCUUUGUUGAUUUGACUGGCGGGAUUGGAGAGACCAUCUGGCUGCCGAAUUGUCCCCCAAAGAAUCUCUGCAAGAGGGCUCAGAAAGCCUUGGACAGGAACUCAUUGAUGGCGGCAAGUAUUACGGGUAAACGUGGAAAAAGGCCUGACGGGCUGUAUAAUCAUCAUGCCUACUCCAUCACAAAGAUCCACAAGAUGACUGUGGGGGUGAAGGAAAUGGAGUUUGUGCGGCUGCGAAAUCCCCAUGGCAAGAACGAGUGGACCGGGGACUGGCGUGACGACGAUGAAACAAACUGGUCAAAAGUGGAUCCUAAAGAGAAGGAAAAAAUGCAGGUGAAGAAAGAAGAUGGGAAACCGGAAGAUGGGGAAUUCUGGAUGAGCUUGGACGAUUUUCGUAAAGUUUUUCACCUCUUGCACAUCUGCCAUUUAGAUGCCAAUGCACCUAGAGAGAAAGACGCACCGUUUCGAUGGCACAGCAACUCCUUCCAAGGGCGUUGGAAAAGCGCUAGUGGACUCAAUAACCCUGACGCCUUCUGGACGAAUCCCCAGUUCUACGUCUCACUGUCGGAGGAGAGCGAGAUCCUCAUUUCCUUAAUACAGAAGAGCAGAAAAGACCUCCUGUGGAUUGACUUUGAUGUCUACAAGGCGACCAAAGAGUAUCUGGAUAAUCCAGACCAAAGAAAGAGGCUGCUCUCCUCGCUCAAGGUGGAAAAAAAAGUGACCUCCUGGCUCAAGGAAAAAAACAAAGUGGAAGAUCGUACUGAAUCCCUUAAGCUGACCCGCGGAGAUUAUCUGAUCAUUCCCAUGAACAGGGCUUCUGAGGAGGGUGACUUCCUCCUCCGCAUCUUCACUGAGAAGAAACAUCUGUUCCGGAAACUGGAAAUCAAGUGAAUUGACUGAGGUCCCUUACCCAGGAGAAGUGGACGGAACGGCCUGCCUCCAUCUGAUUCCUGAGAAGGGAGCCAGACCCGUCUCCUGCUCUUCUAAGCCUGGCGUGGGUAGAAAUUUUCGCCUGAAUUAAGCUUCUUCUGCUCCGCAACCAGAACACCUGAAUUCUGCAAUCAAGACAAAUCAAACCUCCUCAUCAAAACAGCUAUCAGCUGUGAUGCUAUCAAGUAAUGC